GAGUGAAACCUUCAGUCGUGCGACUGCUCUCGCUCCGGUCAGUAGUCGAUCGAGCUGCUCUGAUUUUAUCCCCGUUUCACGUGUGCGCGCCGCCGGCUCUCUCCUCUUCUAUACUUAAACUCCGUUUCUAAAUCUCGCGCGCAGCGUGACAGUGUUCUCUUUUCUCUCGUCGUGUGUCCUCGCUGCGUGCGGCGCCUUUGAAAUUUUUUUGUUCCUCACUUCUCGUCAACGACUCACCCACCGGCGAUUCUUGUCAUAAGGUGCAUCAUCGUCGUCGACGUCGACGUCGCCGACAAGAGCGAUGCAGAGACCGAGGACAGCAGCCCAGCGUCGUCGCGGGACGCCGCUUCUCCUCGCGUCGUUCCACUGAUUCGCCGUUGCCGCACACGGAUCACUUCUUGGACUGUCUCUGCGGCGCGAGGAAAAAAAAAGCAGCUGAAACCGUCAUCGUCCCACCAGUAACGCCUUAUCACGCAGGUAAGACAGGCCGUGCCGCUAGAGAGAGAGAGUGAGAGAGCGAGAGAUAUUACAGAUUUCCGCCUCGGCUCAGCGCAGCACGUAGUCCCUCGAGAAGGAUCCAAGUGGAAUUCAAGUAGGAUUCAAUCUUCAAUCUCGUGAGAUUGCCGCCCGCACCCAAGUCUUUCCUUCGAUCAUUCACCUCGAGCCAGUUUACUCGGCCGGCCAGACCAAAUUAUCCGCCGCGCUCUAGUGAGCGACGGCGGCCCGGAAGGAUGUGCCCGUCGAUUCGGCCAAUGAAAGGCGCAUCAGCGACGGGAUCGAGCAUCGGCUGCUGCAGCGUUAACGUCCUGCAUCAGCGUUAGAGAGAAGCCUCGUGUAAGAUGCGUAACUCACCGCGAUGGAGACCCCUCUGCACGUCCAGCUCGUUGCUCGGCCAGCAGUAGACUACGGGUUCCAGCAGCGGCAGCGGGAGGAGAACGGAAGGAUGCAGCAGGACACGGGCAAGGGCAUCGGGAAUCAAAGAGCUGCUUGGAGGCGCGCCUCGGAGAAAGCAGAUCGGAUAAGGCGCCGUGAUCGGCAUGCUUCAACUGCCCUCGUCGCUCGGCCGCUCGCUUCGGGGCGAUAAUCGAAGGCAGCUCUAUGCUGAUGCAAGAGGAGUGCGCGGCAGCUGGCGUCCCGGCUACCGUCGUUGGAAACAUGCAGCAGCAGCAGCAGCAGCCAGCUUGGAACGGGACGGUGCCCGGAGCUCACGGCGGGGGCAGCAUGCGCGGCGGCUGGACCACCCCCGUAGGCUGCCGCGCCGGCAACACCAGCAUGAGCUUCGGCGGCAGUGUGCCCUCCCUACACCCCUCCGGCUCGAUAAGAUCCCUGCGAUCCCAGCAUUCUACUCAGCCGUUGAACGAGACGCCGAUGCGCUGCAUGCGCUGCCACCCACCGGUGCAGACGAGCACGCCGAACAAUUGCAUGGCGCAGCACCUCCACCGCCAGCAGCAGCAGCAGCAGCAGCAGCAGCAUCCGGGCCAGUACUACACGCCGAGCCAUUACAUCGAGGCGGCGAACGGAGCGUACGUGCCGACGCACCACCGGCCCACGUCCUCCUCGUACCAUGGCGAUCCACGGGGGCGCUGCAACGAGCUGGACGAGAGUGCGAUCGGCAACGGGAAUUGGGUCCUCGGUGAUCUGCGCAGCCUUCACCGCUGCGUCCCGGCACUUCGACGAACAGGCAUAGAUGUGUCGGGUAUACGCAUGCACUUUUACCCGGAGGGCGGCUGGGGCUGGCUCAUCUGUGCCGCGGGCUUUCUCGCCCUGUUGCUCACCACCGGUAUGCAGCUGGCCUUCGGGCAACUCCACAUCUACGCCUUGAAGCAUCUCGGACAAUCGCGCUUCAUGGAUAUCGCCUGGAUCGGCUCGCUCAGCGCUGCGAUGUCCCGAGCCUCUGCUCCGCUGGUCCUGGGCACUUGUCGUCGUGGAAGCACCAGACUCACAGCCGUCAUUGGUGGACUCGUGCUGGCGCUAGCGGCUCUCUUUACCUCCUUCGCUCUGCAGACUCAUCAGGUGCUGCUCAGCUACGGCCUGGUCCUGGGCGCCGGAGCGGGUUUGGUGAGAGAGACGGCCGGCUUGAUGCUGGGCCAUUACUUCCGGAAGCGCCGGGAAUUCGUCGAGAUGAUCGUUCAGGCCGGCACCGGCGUCGGUAUAGCUCUCUUCAGCGUAUCUUACAAAGAGGCCGUCGGAAAGCUGGGCUGGAGGCUGGGCCUGCAGACGAUAACCGGCGUGCUUUUCCUGGCGUUCUUCCUGGGUCUGAUUUACCGUAGCGCCUCGCUCUAUCAUCCCCAGCGUCACGCCAUAGUACACCUCAAGAACCAGCAGAACAAGCUCAAGCCCAAGUCCAAGUCGGCUCUCAAGGCGGCCCGUCAGCCGCUCAUAGAUCUCAGUCCACUCGCCAGUCGGCCCGUCAGAAUGCUAAUGCUCGCCGCUGGUGCCGCCUCCUUUGGUCUCUACACGCCGGCUUUCUACAUUGCGCUGCAGGAAUACCAGGCGGAGAAGGACGACAGUAGCUCAGUAUUAUUGCAGACCUGCUUGGGUCUGUCGGCGGCCCUGGGCUGCGCCGCUUGGGGAAUCGUUACCGCCAGGCCGUCCGCCCAGUGCCUCGUGUCCAGGCAAUAUCUCUGCCAAGGGGCUCUUGUCGGAGUCGCCAUAGCUCAGGUGGCCCUAGGCAGCGUGCAGGACUAUCACGGACUGGUGCUGGCGUCGGGGCUUUACGGGGCAUCGCUCGGUGGCAGCCUCUAUUCCCUCAAGAUGCUGGCGCUCGAGAGGCUCAGGGCAAGGCAGUUUGCGAAAUCCUGGGCGCUCGUGCAGGCGGCCGAAGCGCUGCCGAUCCUACUUGGAGUUCCUCUUACCGGCUACAUGAACGAGAGCAGGCCGCAGGUCGGCUACUACGCGUGCAGUCUGAGUUCCUUGUGCGGCGCGGCGCUGCUCUUCCUAGUCGGCUGGGGACGACGCAACCCGUGCUCGCCGGUCAUGGCAGCAGCGGCAGCGGCAGCCGCGGCAACUGGUGCUGGUGGCGGAGGCUCGCUCGCCGCGGCCGGAGUCCCGUGCGCCUGCUCGGCGGCGGCCGCGGCCAACUUGACAAUGACGCCGGUCGCGCGCACCCUCACCCGGCUGCCCAAGUCACAGUCGCUUCACAUACCGCUCAACCGGACCGAGAUGCAGCAUCAUCCGGCUACGCUGCUCGUCCCUCGUCAGAUACAUGCCGCGCACGUACCCGCUGGCUUUCAGAGGAGUAGCUUCUAUGGGUGUACGCCCCAGCACUACCACGAGCAGCAAAUGGCGAUGGGAGGCUGCGGGGGAUACCUUCCGCCACAGGGUCCACUCCGACCCAGCAAAAGCGUACCCGAGGGUCUGGCCCAUCAGCAUCAUCAUCCAUACCACACGAUGCAACAACAGCAGCAGCAACAGCAACAGCAGCAACAACAGCAACCGCAACAUCAACAGCAGUUCCAUCAAUACCGGCAACAAGACUUUUCACAGCAGCAACAGCAACAAGAAUUCGGGCAACAGCAACAACGCGCGCGAACGCCGAGACGAUGCCGCGACGUCACAGUCAUCGAGCAAAUCACGACGAGCGUCUGAGCAGCUGUUGUGAGAACGCGUAAUGUUGACCGCCUUUUUUUCCGCGUGUUAUCCGCUGAGCAAAAUGUUCGACGAUUUGUUGCAGAUUCAUGUGUCCGCUGCCUACUCAAUGUUUGAACGAUUACUCCGACAUACACGGCGAAACAUGGAAAAACGAAUCUGUAGAUGUCUCAUUGUCCAUUGAUGGACAAAUGUCCCGUUACGUAUUCAUUUAACUGACCACGCACGAUGACUUAACUAUCUGCAAUAGAGUUAUCCGGAUUAUCUGCUAAAACCAAAGGGAUUAUUUAUUUAUGGACUCGCCCUCCCGCCUGCGUUGAUUUCUGCUUUUAAUUAGUUUUUAAACAAACCAAGAAUAUUAAUCAGUAUUUUCAUUAUUUGCUACAGAAUAUUCAACUUCAUUGAGUUGUCUGAUGGUAUUAUCUUUUUACAGCUUUUUAUAAAUCAGCAUAACGUAAUUAUUCUUUGCUGUAUAUUAAUUAUUUUCAUUUCCAAUAUACGUUUGCUUUUAUUCUAUCAAUACCAUUUAAGUUCCAUAUACCACGAUAAAAUGAGGCUUCCUCCGCGAUUUAUUUAUAUCAUUGCAAACAAUCAAGCGAAAAAAUCUUAUUAUAAAUGAAUAAAAAAGUUUCGAGUGUACACGUGUGCGAACGGAAAUGAAAUCGAGGCUUCGAGCUACUAGUUGUAUAUACCUUUACUUUUUCUCGUGCCAACCGAUUUAUCUUGAUCGAGAAUUUCCUGUACCGUUACGCGACGAUUGUACGCCAACAGACUUUAAUCGAUACUGACGCACGAAUGCGCAUUGUUUAAUUGCUAAAGGAUUUCUUUAUGCGAUUGCACGUAUGCAUUUUUAUGCAGCAUUUAAACUUUAACUGUAAUACGUUAUUGCCGUAGUUGCGUAUACAUAUGAACGUUCCAACGAAUAGUAUUUUAUAGAAAGUAUGAAUAUAAGUAUUUAUCAAUAACAUUAUCGAAUUAUGACAGUGAAAAUACCUCGGCGACAUCAAGUAUAUAUUAUUACUAUUGGGUUAAACUCUUUUUUUACCGUUCGCAAUCAAAAAAUGACAAACUUUUUGAAUAUUUUCAAUAUCAUUUGUGGUGAGUUAAAACGACAAAUCCUAUUUUAAAAUUGAAAAGAAGUCGUAAAGAAAGAUUGUCAAAUUAUACGAUAAGAAUAGUAUAGCAAUAAACUAGUAGAUAUUAAAAAUUGAAUUUUCUGAAAUAUGUUUUAAGCUGUUAAUACCUUUACGGAUAAUUCCUUACUGUGUAUAAUUCGAUAUAGACUCGUUAUUGCACGAAUGCAUCGUACUAUUCGCACAAACGCGAUCGAUUGAAAAAAGAAAACUAAGCUGCCAUCCGCUUUGGAGCUGGACUCCCGAGGCUAAAUCCUGGCGAUUUAUAAAGUAAGCAUACGGAAAUAAUUGCUUGGAAUAUUUAGCACCGGAUAAAAUAUAUGCAUAGUUCAUUUCAUCGAACGUUUUCGCCAACACGAGCAACGUGCAUGCUCGUUGAUAACGGAGGCUUCGAACGCUCUACAUAUGUUAUAAAACAAAGACUUACCAUUAGAUUAAAAUUUGCGAUAUAUUUUAUAAAUAAUAUAUGUAUAUUUCUCAACGUUUUUCAUAAUGCUGUUGUUCGAUUCAUCUUUGUUUAUGCGUCAGCAGAAUUAGUAUUUAUAUACCUAUGAAAUAAGAACUGAAUAACUUAUGUGCAAAGAUUAUUUAUAAACAUCAUACUUCAUUGCGCGUAAAGCGCAGUUCAAGACUUUUUUAAGAUUCGGUUUUAUAAACAAAAAAAUUUUGAAUGGUUAGCUUUUGUAUGAUUUGCGGUUUAUAUAAAAAAAAGAAUCUUAUUCUUGAACCAGUAUUACAUGCAUCUAUUAUAAUAAUAAUAAUAAUUCUUACAUGCAAAAGAAACAUUUUAAACUCGUGUAUCAUGGAUGAAUAUUUAUUUCGCUCAGAAUUACAAUUAAGUAGCCCCUUGGUAAAUUAAAAUGCGUAGAUUUUUAUAACACUAAUUACAAAAAAUAGGGCGAAUGUCCCUUAGGUUUUAUAGUAUAUGUCAUACAUAUACUUAACUACGUUUGAUAGUCCUAGAGAAAAGCCAAACAUUAUUGCGCUGAGAAUAAGUGGAUAAAAGAAAAAACGACUGCGAAAAAAGAAAUUUGAAUAAAGCGCAGCACUGUAGAGGUAUAAGCUUAGUUAAACACAGAGGAUGGUUCUUGUCAUUUUUAGCACUGAGCGAAUAUAAAAAUGAAAAAAAAACGAGAGUACGAAGAAAAUUGUAUAAAAAUUGCGACAUAUUAUACCUAUCUAAAAUUACAGAAGAAAAAGAUUCAGAAAAUAAACACUAUACGGGCCCAAUGAUCGACUAUCACAAUCAGUAGGUUUAACUUACCGUAUUCAUAAAGUGAAAACUAAGAUGGCGACAAAAAACCAGUCAUCGCUUACCGUUAUAGCUAUUAUAAUACUGGCCAAUCAAAUAAUAACAAACUGCGUGCUAAAUGCAUUGCAAAAUUAAUUUUACAAGAUAAAAUAGUUUCAACUAAAUGACUUUAUUUUAUCGAUUCGUUUGAACGCAUAAAGUUUUGCUGUAAGAACUUUGGAUCACAUUUUUAAUCUCUAGUAGUAUAACAGAUGUGUUAAUUCAAAUUGCUCAUUAGGGUAGCAAAAAAAAACUCGUUUAAAAAUAUUAUGUAUGUAUUUAAUUGUUCCAUUUAGUUGAGACUGCUUUUUAGUAUCUCAACGUGCCUUAAAAUUGAAUGUAAUAGACCUAUUACCAAAUUAUUCUUUUAUCAGCUUCCACGAUUUUGCAUGUUACAUAUAGACUUUCCAUUUCUAAAAUUCUUACAGUGAAUGUGGACUAUAAAAAAUAGUAAUCUUAGAGUUUCUUAAAUUAUUAAAAGAAAGUCUUUUGCUGUGUAUACAUACUUAAUGUACCUUCUUCACAGACCCUUGUAAAGAAACGUUUUGAAUAAUUAUUAUCGCCUCUAUAAUAUAUAAUGUAAAAACAAAAAAGAAAUCAGAAAAAUAAUUGCUAUGGUCAAACUGAAUUCCAGUUAUCUAAAAAUGAAUGUACAUGUUCGUAAUUAUAAGCACUAUAAAAUGUUUAGCACUAUGCAUGUGCAAAUUAUCAUUUCUAUGUCACGUUUACGCUGUAUUUCCAAUGCAAGAGCAGAUUUUUCUCGUAAGUAUAUGCAGCAAAAGCGUUUGAAAAAGAUAUUUUUGUUUAUUUAGUGCAAAAUUUACUUAUAAUUGUAGUAACGUAUGGAGAUAAUCAAUAAUAACUAAAAUAUAAUGUAUCAUGAAUAACGUGUUCUAAAACCAAAAGGUGUUGCAUCCAAUUUUAUUAGUUGAAACUCGCUGAAUAUUAUUAAAUGACUUUUACGGAAAAUAUUAUUCAUGGAAAAUAAGGCGACCAAAUUGUUUACAUAUUUACGUAAAUGAACAAACGUACGACAAACAACAUAUACAUACAUCAUUUCGAAACUACUUUGUAUGCGUAUACAACAUGACCAACUUUUUUUAACCGGACUUUUGUCAGAAAAAAGUAGAACAUUUGGUAUCUUAUACAAUGAUUGUAUUGAACAUAUUUAAAACAAGAACGAUUCGUCAUGUUUGUUCCUGUUUAAGUAAAACUGUACAUUGAUACAAUACGAAGAGUUUUAAUCGAAUUGAGAAGAUACCUCAGAAAGGAGGAAUUAAACUAAGAAACAUUGUAGAUUAUUUAUGAAGUUGAAAAUUGCAGUUACGCCGAUUAAUGUAAGCAUCGAGUUUAGAAAGUCAAAUGUACGCAUUUGAGUUUGCAAUGUAUGCAUGUACACUGACCAGAGUGUUUACAAACCCUGUAAAUAUAUUAUUUAAAAAAGUUAUUCAAGAGUGUUUAACGUUAAAAAGUUGUGUUGAUUAUUAAAAAGUUUUAUACCACGAAACAUAUUAUCAUCGCCUUGAUGUUCUUGUUUGAAAUGUAAAAAAAAAAAAAAAAGUCCACCGAAAUUUCUCGCACACUACACGAUU